UGUGCCGUGCCAAGGUAUAAGGAUUGUAUAAUCGGAGUAUGAAGGAACGAAUGCAUAACUGACCUAGACAUUUAUUCAAGCAGCCUCCAUGAACAACCUGAAUGACCCCCCCAGGUGGAACAUCCAGCCCGACCCCAGAGGGAGGGAGGCGGGCGCCGGCGACGGAAACCAGUGGAACUACGCCCUGCUGGUGCCCAUGCUGGGGCUGGCAGCCUUCCGUUGGAUCUGGACGAGGGAAUCGGAGAAGGAAAUACAGAGAGUUAAAGCCCAGUAUCACAAAGACGUGUCUACAAUAAAAGGGGAGAUGGAGACGCGUUACCGGGAAACACUGACGGAGAGGAGCAGGGAAGCAGCUAUGCUGGAGCUGGAAGUGGAGAAGGAGAGGCAGAGGGUGAAGGGCUACAAGCAGGCUCUGAUCUCACAGAGCCAGCAUCUUAUAGAGGAAAAGAAAAAGCUGGAGCAGGAGCGAGAGAUAUUGAAAGAAGAGCAGCAAAGGUGGACGACAUCCGGUGCUGCAGGUGCAGCGCUGCACGAUGCCCUGGAGAAAGAGAAGAGCUGGUAUCAGCGUGCCACAGCCAUGCUGAAGAAACUGGAGGCUCAGCUCGUGGAGCGUCAGAACGCCUUCUGCUCUUUCGUCCAGCCUCGAGACCAACGGCUGGAGAUGGAGAAGAACAUUCUUCUCGGGGUCGUGAAGGAUCCCAUCGGGACCGAACUCGAUCUAGAGUCUGACCUGAAAGAUAUUUUUAAGAGAGACAGACACUGUGCGGUCCUGCUAAACAUGGACAAAAGGAAGAAUGGAAGCCUCAUGUGGGUGUACCUCAAGUACUGGCAACUGCAGAUCACCAUGCAGAAGCACAAAAGAGCUGAAGAAGCCAUAUUACAAGGGAAAAUCUAGUACUGCACAAAAUACACAGAGAAGCUGAUGUUUUCAGCUGUCUUUGAAGGGUGUGGAGUGUUUGUGAAUCAGGAAUGGAAAAUGCCUGUUUUGUUAUGUUUCACUCCACCUGUGCAUUUAUCUUCAGUUUAUAGGGGAAUUGUACUUUAAAGGUUUGCAAUAUAUUUCGAGUUACCUGCAUGAUCUCAGCAGUAAAGGAACAGAAAUAACACACAAUAUUAACCCAACAUUAGAGGCCUCAAAUAAUACGUGUUAGCUUUAAUUACUUGGUGGACGCUGCACACCAGAAUGCACAUCAGGGUACAAAACUGUCCUUUAUAUUGAAAAGAUUAUUCUUUCUCCUGGAACUCUGCGACUUUUAAAAAAUAUUUAAGAAAAUCUCGCAUUUAUAGAAUGUAUAGAUAAGGUUAUUUUUUUAUUCCUUUAUUUUAGGUAUGAAUUCAGGGUUUGCUCUAUGCUUUGUGGUAAAGCACCAUGUGUUGUCAAGAAGUUGCUAACGGCAUUUAUAAUGUAUGAAGAAAAAAUGUGUCCAAAUCCAUCUGUUGUUCUACAUUUAUUUUUGUUCAGAGAGAUUUUAAACACACGUUGAUGGAUUCUGUGGGAAAUAUUGAAAUUGAUGAAAGCAGGACCUGGUUUUACUCCACCAACCUCUCUGUCCGUGGACGUCCCUCCGUCUUUGACGUCUUCACUUGCUGUCUGAUCUUUUGCCUCCAUAUGAUGCAGUAAAACCUGUGGAACUGGUCUGCUCAUUUCUCACUUCUCAAGGGUUUUCUCAUUUAUAAUUUGUUCUUCAUGCGUUUUUUUAUUUUUACAAAAAUACUGACAAAACAUUGUUAUCCGGUCUUCACAACAAAAGCAAUAUAAAAAAAAGCUCCAGCAGACCCCUGUGACCCUUUACAGGAUAAAGCAGGUAUAGAAAAUGGAUGGAUGGAUCAUCCACCCAUCCAUUUUCUACACCUGGAUGUCUCUGACCUGGUUUGCCUCACCACAAGGGGGUGCUGCCACGGGGAAGAAAUGAUCAAUUAGAACCACCAAAUAAAACACACUGCACGAAAUAAAAAAUCAAUAACGAGUGUGACCGAGCAAGACUGACCCGCUAAAGCAAGUUAACCUCUGCACUUACACGGGGGAGGCUUUUAGCGAAAACAUUGCAAAAGUUCCUGUCAGCUGGUUUAACUGACUUAAAAAUGUUGUGUUCAAUAAAUAAAACAUUGGUAUGUUUGCCUCUAGUGACAUUACAGGAACAAUGUUUUUAACGCAUAUUGUCAACAGAAGCCAAAAAAUGUCCAUAAGCUAUAUAAAGACAAGGAAAUAAAACAUGUUAAUAUCUUCAUGGCCGUUUCAAGACGCACUUUUCCAUCUGGGACAUUACUAUAAAAUCUGCUUCAUGAAGUAUUAU